GUUCAAGAUGUCAAUCCGGCCGAGCGUCAUUCGGGGUGCUCGUCGGAUCAUCAACAAAGAACCAUGCAUCUUCUGCCUCCAUCGCAGUCCUCUAGGGGCACGGACUUUCACUAUAAAGCAACGCAUAGAUCCGAGGAAGGGAACGCCUGGAGAAGUGCGCGCCGACAUAGACCAGCGCAACAGACGAUUGUACUUUCGCAUGCUCGAAGCCGACAAGCUAAUACCAUGUAAACUCGAAGAUGCCAACAAGAUUAUCAAUCAUUUUGUAUCAAAUAGGGCCAGUAUGAAUCCCGCGACCAAUGCACGCACACUAGCACAACAAUUUAAACUCAAAGUAGUACACUUACCAAUGCUCGCAAUCCCCAUGUUCCGAAUACCAGAUGUCAAUGACACCACUCGGCAACUCCCUCCGAGCUCGAAUGCCCCUCUGGCUGCGUCGUUGCUUGUUGCGUGCAGCGCUGCCGGCGAUCUUCAGGCUACACUGCAAAUUCUCAACGCCGUCUACUACAGCGCAAAGGUACACAACAUGCCCAAAGCCGCGGAGAUGGCGCGCCUUUACACACCCAAACAAAUUAGCGAUGCUCGGAGGAUGCUGGAGCAGCUGGCGGAAGGCAAACAAGGAAAUUCUGGCGCGACAGGGGACGCAAACGCAAUGACGCUGCACGGAAAGUUUCUAGAAUUGGCUGGAGACACAGCCCAAGCCAGAUUCUUCUACGAGAAGGCGUUGGAGCGCUACGACACUAAGAUCUGGCGUGGCUACCCGCAUCCGAUGGCCCUGCCUUGGUUGACGCCGUGGACGGAGCUCGUCAAACUCGAGGAAGCGUCUCCCGCACCCUCGGUCGAAAGAAUUACCAAAGCAAUCAAGUUUGGCGCUCUGAAGGCCGAUGAUCCCAUGGCCUACUAUAAGCUCGCCACUCUCCAAGCUUCCAAAAAUCCCGAUUGGCUCAACUACAUGAGCAAAGCAGCUGCCUCAGGCCACCCCGAAGCGAUGUACGAACUAGGUCUAUUCUACCACGAAGUGCAAGCGCAACCAUCAACUUUCUUGGGAAACACAGGGUUCAGGAAAGCACUCAACUUCAUCACCUCCUGGAAGAGAAACGGAGCUGCAGACUUCGGUAUGGAGUGGCUGAAUGCCGCGGCAACGGGCGGACACAAACCGGCCGUGAUGGAAAUGGCUCGGAUGUAUGAGCGUAAUGGACAAGAAGACCAGGUGCAGAACUGCUUAGAAGUCGUCGCGGCAGACCCACCGAACGGCGUUCCGGAAGAAUGGCCGGACCUGGCCGCGCAGGCUCGGCACCGGCUUGCUGCGUUAAAGAGUGUGAAGAGAGCGAUGCCAUAGCAGUUGUACACUACUUAAGAUACCCCGAACAUCCUGCCCAGCUCAGCUGUGUAACACAAUAUCAACUUGAAUGUAAAAUAAGGAACUACCAGAGCGUAUGACCUGCUGCGGAAAACAGGAAGGCGACCCAUUGGUCCUGAUGUCCACGCGUACUUCAGUAUCUUUCUCCAUAUGAAGCUAGUUCAGC